UAACGAGUUCCACAAACAGAAAACUGUUGCUGCUAGACAGAGAUUUAGGGUUAUGGAGGGAGACUCUUAGGAAGCUGCUUGCUUGCCUUUGGCUGGUGGCCCUUGUGUCUGUUAGUGUGUGUGUGUGUGUGUGUGUGUGUGUGUGUGUGUGUGUGUAACACAGGCUAAUACAAUGAAGACCCACCCGGUGGUGGAAGUGGUUCCACAGAUCCUGGAAUAUAAACUAGAGUACUCUCCAGAUCUGCGGUGUGACAAGCAAACAGACUUGGUGCCUGUUUGCUAUCAUUGCAAAUCCUGCAUCUUGUCCUGGAAGGCUCUCUCCACCCGAGAGUGGUUUGUGCGGGCCAGCCAUAUUUCUAAGGGGCAAUUCUUGAAGGGGAUCAUAAAACGGUUCCAAAGCCAAGACCUCUUGAAGUAUGCCUGGAACCUCCUGCAGUCCACCAAUAGCAAGGAUUUCACCUACAGCCGUUCCUGCGUCAGCUCCAGCUUCACAGCAUCUUCCACCUUGGACCGGGCACUUAAUCCGAAGAAACUGGAGCAUGCCAUGGAAGACCUCUGGAAGUGGUUCUUAAAUGCCAGUUUCUGGAGCAAAGCAAACUACCUCCUGCUUCUGCUGCAGAUGUGUGACUCACAGUUGUUGCUGAUGGCUGCCAACCUGGUUAGCAUCCUCUUGAGCCAAGAUGAGGCCACUUGCAAAUCGACGGACAACAAAACAGCUGUGCCAGAUGAAGAUCAAACAAGCAAGGAUGUGAUUCCUCUUAAGAAGCAAGAGAAAUCUAUCUCCCAGGUUCGGAGCCACCUCACAUCUCACACCUCUGGUUUUACCUCGGGGGUUGCUUCAGAGAAGAGUGACUUAUUUGGCCAUCUACGUUUGCAAAGGCUUUGGAGCAAAGAGUCAGAUCAGAUGUCUGAAGUAAUGUCAGAGUACAUGGAUGAAGCCACCAGCAGUUCUGUCAUACUGAAUGUCGCGGAGCCUGUACCCCCCCAUCCCACAAAGCCCUUCAAAGUCAACAAGUUCAAAGACUUCAUUCGCUGUCUGCCCAUCCACUUGUCCAAGUUCAUAUUGCGAAUGCUGGACAUGAAAUCCUUGAACAGAUGUGCUCUCGUGAGUGCACACUGGGACUUCCUGGUCAAACUAAUCAAGAGGGAUAUGAUAGCAAAUCGUGCUCUCCAAAGUGAGAUUGCAUUCCUGCAGGGGUCAUGCCCUAAAGGAGCAAUUUCCAACUAUGCCAAAAUUGUCAAUGUUGCCAUUCCUCGCAUAAACUCGGACGGUGACAUCAUCCGAAGCAAGGCCAAGUUAAUCGUAACUAUAAAGGAGAAUGAAUACCUGCGCAAAGCUUAUCAUGGACAAGAGGUAGACAUUGUCAAGUUGGAAGAACGGAAUGUCUUCUGCAGUGGGUAUAAUGUCCGGAUUCUAAUAGACAGUUUGGAUCCAAACAGAGUGAUUCACUAUGGUGGUGGGAAGCUGAUGGCCACUGGUUCUGUGGACCGGAAAGUCCGUUUGAUGGAUGUGGAUGAGAUGCGCUAUGUCCCUCCUGUCUUUCUGGGACAUGCUGGUAGCAUCCGGGCUGUGUACCUCAAUGAACAGAAAGGAUUGCUUCUGAGUGGCAGCUAUGAUCUCAGCAUCAGAAUGUGGAAUAUCCUCACUGGGGCAUGUGUGAAAAUUUUUAACGGCCACACAGGAAGCAUCACUUGCCUGGAUUUGUACAAGAGCAAGUUUGUGUCUGGAUCCAAAGACUGCACAGCAAAAUUGUGGGAUAUAGAAACUGGAAAGUGCGUUAAGACUUUCGCACACAAAGCUAUUGUUUGGGCUGCUAAGAUGAAUGAAACACAUGUCGUGAGUGCCUGCGAUAAGGGCAUAGUGAAAGUGUGGCAUGCUGAGACAUGUAUACUGAUAAAGACUUUACAAGGGCAUCUGGGCCCUGUGACAUGCCUGUCGUUUGAUGAGUGGCAUCUUGUGACAGGAAGCAAUGACGGCUAUAUCCUGGGAUGGAGCAUGCACGGAAAUCACAAGAGAUGCCUGGGGGCUUUCAGACACCCCAUGGAGGUUCUGUCCCUGGGAUUUCUCUAUCUCAGAGUCAUCAGUGGCUGUGCGGAUGGGAAGAUACGCAUAUUCAACUUCCUGACAGGGACCUGCCUGAGAGUUUUGAGAGCCAAUAGCAGAGGUGACCCCGUGGUGUCCUUCUGUAUAGUGGAAAACACGCUACUGGUUAAUGCACUGGGCAGUGUGGUUAUGUUCCAGUUUGAGGAAGUAGUGUGGGACCACACACUAGCUUCCGAACAACUAACUAAAAGGAAAGAAAAGAGCAAAUUUGACGACAAAGCAUUGCAAAUAAUGCCGCCACAUUUACUUUCUGGGCAGAAGAAACGGUCCCACAGAAAUAAAUGGAAGCUUUACAACACCAAAACAGUAUUUUCCUAUGACAUUAUUCGGAAGUCGACGAAAUACUUCAGAAAUUCUACUCCAGCUCUUCGUUAUCAAAUUUUGAAGGAACCUCUUCCCAGGAUGCGCAAAAAUGUAGUAACCCUGGAAAUGAAGCCAGAUGAGCAGACUAGACUCUUUUCUAUUGCCGCGCGUUCAAAAUCUGUAACAACUCUAGUAGGAGAUGAGUUAGAGGAAAACAAGCCCUCAGCCAGCAACUUUGCAUCGGGCCAGGAUGCUGAUGCUUUCGUAAAGCACAUAAAGAAGAGGCGUUUCCAUGGUCCCCUGUCUGGGGACCAGAUACUUCUCACUGUUAGCACAAUGCAGCAUGCCUACCAGACAGACCAAGUCAGUGCCAACAUGGCAUACAAUAUGAAAAUCAAAGAUGCCUGGGGGCCUGCCUUUCUCCAGAAAAAUUUGCCCCAAAAGACCCCUGCUGCCCAAAGUCCAGAGCAACUGAAAAUGGAUCCAUCAACCCAGCUGAAACGACUGAAGGCUGCCCGUUGCAUGAUCGGCAUGGAAAGGAUUUCCACACCUUAUGAAACCAAAACGCUGCAGUUAAGCUUGAAGAACUCCUUGCUUGGAAGCAGGGUGAAAUCCUUCAUCCCAGCCCCCACUAUUACACGUUCCCAAUCAUGCAGCAACUUGGCCAGAGGGGGAAAGAUUUCUCGCCAGGCAAAGAUACCAUCUCCACCUGCCAUAGGGCAUGUCGUUGGUCACUUUACAAGCUCUGUCGAAUCCAUCAAAGUGCCUCGAAUGAAGAUUGCCCAACCCGAUAGAGACAUGAUACCACGGCGACCCAAACUCUUCUUCACCCACACUCCAAACCCAUACCGGCUCAAUUCUGGGUUCCGGCUUCUGACAACCCAACAGAUGAAAGAGUAUGAAGAAGCUAAGGCGCACGAGUAUCAGGCACAGAAGACCAAGGUUAUAGCAAACAGAGAAAAAGAGUGUAAAAAUGCCUGGCUAAGGAAAAUUAAAGGUCUCCCCAUUGACGAUUUCAACAAGGAGGGCAAAGUUGCAGCUCCUGAACUUGGAGAGAAUGUUUUCAUCUGAACUUCGCUUUUCAAAGCAGCCUGCUAUUCCUUCCAAACAACUGCCUACAAACCAAACAGCUGGCACUGGAGAGCUUUGGGCUGAAUUUUUACCCUCAGCUUGAAGCUACCUUUCAGAAAAUGCUAACAAACUCUAUUGAAUUAUCCAGAUUUUCACAUGGCUGAGAAGGUGGGACUCUGGGCUGCACUGGGGGUGGGGUGGGCUGGAUAUGAUGGGGAAGCUACUUCACUCCCCAAAGAAAUGUCUUUCCAGUUUGCAGUGAGUGCAGUUUACAAAUACUCCUGGUCUCUAGAGAAAGGUUUAUUAACAUGACUCUACAAUGAUUCUGUUUGUAAGCUUUGUUUCUAAGACUGUGUGUACACUUCUCAAAGUUCACCAUAUAGCCCAAAUCUUAAUGAAAAUGUUCUAAACUUUGCAGUCUUAUUGAGGACAUCCUCCAGGUGUCCAAGAGUCACCAUCAAUUAAUAUAUGUUCACAAAAUAAAGAAACCUGGCUACAACAGCUCUUACAGCGGUA